AUGGCGGCUCUUUUGGAAUCGCUGCUGGAAAGAAAAGUGGACCUCUGCAAGGUCUUGGACUGGUUGAGGAACGUCCAGGAUAGCGACACCUUUGCAUUUAGUGACCCAGUGUUGACAAUCCAUAAGCAAGAAUUCAUUCCAUUUCUGCUGAACUUCCUACGAGAUCAGAGUAGUCAGGCUCUUACCCACGGCCCCACCACCCCUGCCAAGACACCCAACCGGCCCAGGCCUCCUGCUACGUCACAGGGCUUCUCCGAAAAGAGGACCUGCAGGUCUUUGGGUGGCAACUCGCACAGCGCAAGCCGGGUACAGCUGUUCUCUCCAACGCCGUCCCCGGGGACCGAGUCAGGUCCGAGUCACGUCAGCAGCCCGUCCUUGUCCACGUCAUGGAGCCCAGCGUCCAGGCCAUCAGGCUCGGAGCGGAGACCGAGUCAGAGGAUCAGUCUUGGGGACUUCGUGCUGUCUUCUCCGGAGCUCCAGAAAGGCCGCAGGAGGAGCGGGAAUGGCCCCGGCAGGCACGUGGGAGGAGCGCGAACGGCACAUCACACUGAUGACAACGUGAGGAGAACCAGCAAAACAGCUGGCAAUGAGCAGGUUUCUCCUCCAUCUGUGGGUCAACUAAAUUUUAACAACUUGGAAGAUUUCCCACCAGUCGGAUUGUCUCCUGUUACCCCCACGGAAAGCAAACCAUCCAGAAGAAUAAAUCCGACACCAGUAAGCGCCCAGCGGUCGCACUCCAAGCCUAAGACAUGCUUCACUUCCACACCAUUCAGCAAAUCGCCCAGCCCGCUGGCAACUGGGCCCGAGAGGCCCAAUGGGUGGGUGAUGGCGGUUAGCCCCCACAGCCUGAUGGAGGAGAGGGAGCUUCUCAAGAGAGAAAAGUGUAAAAGAGCCCAACAGACCUGCUCUCCUCCACCAGCCUCAGAGGAGCCGUGCACGCCAACGAAGUCUGGCACCCUAGUCGGAAGCAAGGUGACGCCUGAUCAGCAAACGCCAUGUCCUGAACCGUCCAAAGUCACCCUGGCCUCAGACCUGGACUUGCUGGCGGAAUUGUACUGCACUUGCAUUUCAGAAAAUCUGGUGCCAAACGUUUUUUUGGAGCUCUUCUUUGUGAUGCAGCUGCUCACGUCUCGAUCUCCUCACACUCCUGACGAGGAUGAUGAGGAACAUAGCAAAUGUGCGCUCAACUCUGAUAUGCUGGAGCGACGCUACCUGAGACAAGUGCACAACUGUGUGUAUUUUGCAGUCAAAGUGCUGGAGAAUCAAUAUCAGUUAUUGACUCAUCUGGAUAAAUGCACGUUGCGUCUCCUGGCCGAGAAUGAAAGAGUGGCUUCGUUCUCAUCGCACCUUAAAGAUCGUUUGAGUCAGGCCCAGGACAGAAGUACAGCCAAGCUGUCGCCCUCUGUUUCCGCAUUCGUUCACUCGGUGUCUUUCCAGCCUGCCACCGACAAUCGAUCUAACUUCAGCAGUGACAAGGCUUUCCACACCUUUAAAAAGCAAAGGGACGUUUUUUACGAGGUGCUGCGAGAAUGGGAGGACUAUCACAAGGAGCCCAGCUGGAUUUUCGAUGUUGCGCUCGGAAGUCGUAUAAGAGGAAUGAUGAAUCAGCUGACCGCUGCUGGAAACCACUCACACUUUGCUCGUCUCUUCUUGAAGCAGCUGGUUCAGAUGUGCAAAGGACAUCGUAUGAACAGCUCAAAUGGCGACAACCCUGACGCCGACCUGCUCGGCAUUCUGGGAGCCGACAGCCUGGGCCGGCUGAAGCGCCUGGAGGAGCGUCUCAUUCGGCCGCACGGCGUCGGCGGCCCGUGCCCGCCGCCAUCCUUUCCUGGCCACCAGGAGUUCUUCCGGGACUUUCUGCAGGCGGCCAGUUGCUGUCAGCUCAACCAGCAUUUACAGGACAGCUUGUGCCAGCAGAUCCUUCAACUAGAUGAAGUCGCCAUCCUGAGUCCACCCGCUCCCAUCGCCGAACAAGAGGAGGAGGGCGAAGAGGCAGUGGGCGACGGGGACAUGGAGCAGCAGGAUGAAAAACAGCGCUUUGCUUCGGUGAUUCUCCUUGCUCGUCUCCUGGCCAAGUUCUUGGGGUUCAUCUCCUUCCUGCCUUACCAGAUGUCCGAGAAGCCGCCUAAAGAAAUCCAAGAGGCGGCGGUCGCCCUGCGGAGCAAGAGUGUGCCAGUGUUGGAUGUGUGCGGCGUGCUGAAGAAGUGCAUGAGUCGCAGGCGCGCCAUCUUAACUGUGCCCUGGCUGGUGGAGUUUCUUUCCAUGCUAGACUUUACUGGGCCACUGCUGUUCUGCUACAGGGUGGUUCUCGGCACGCUGUGUCUCCUCUACAGGAAAAUGCUUCUGGGCAGAUGUGACGAGAUGCCUUACCUGAACAAGCUUUUAAUUGUGUCAGUACUAGGAUGGCUCUUCCAGAUCCCGGUGAUCCCUGAAGAGGUGUUCUUUACCAGUGACUUCACUGAGGUAGCUGAACUGGAGGAUAGCAACGCUAAUGCAUCAGGACUCGACUGCAUCCCUCUGGUGGACCAACAGCUCCUCUACACAUGCUGUCCAUUUCUCGGCGAGUUCCGCAAGCUGCUAGCCGCCUUUGUGUCAGGAAGCAGCAGCAAGAGCGGCGGCGUGGUCCGCAAGAUCACUCCGACGUCGGCAGAGCCACGAGACGCGACAGGCGGUGGAACGCGUUCGCAGCAGAAGCUGCAAGCGGACCUGGAGCAGGCUUUCUUUCACAACCAGCCACCGUCUCUGCGCCGCACGGUGGAGUUUGUGGCCGAGCGGAUUGGCUCCAAUGCUGUCAAGCACAUGAAGGCAACGUUAGUGAGCGAGUUGGUGGAAAAAGGGGAGAAGAUGCUCAGAGAAGGAUUGGAGUCACCUAAAGCCAAUGUGUCCAAACUGAAUGAGUCCAUCUGCGCUCAGCUGUGUGAGGCAGGAUUGGAUGCCAUGAGUAAAGCAACCAGAUUCUGCUGUGAAAAAAGUCCAGAAGCCAUACGCAUUUUGCUUCCCCAUGAGACUUCCCCUGCUGUUCUUGCCACAUCAGAAAACAUCACCAUCCACCUGGCCACGGAAAAAGCCUGCAGCUGGCUUUCAGCUAACAUAACGACACUCAUCCGGCGAGAAUGGAAGAGCAGGUACGAGCGCGUGACCAAGACCUUGACCGCCGACUCCACCGACGAGCCGGGCCCGCCACUUACGCCCAAGAGGAAGCAAGGGGGUGCCAGAUUGAUGUCCUGUCUGCCCUGCUGCACCCAUAGCGCCUCACUGCCCUCCGAUGUCCUCAUCGACAUCAAGGACUUGCUGAGUGUGGCCGCCGGACCCAGGACGGAUGACGAGCUGCCAAGCGGUUUUCAGUUACAAACGUUGUUCCGUAGAGCGGGCGACACACUGGUCUGCAAAAAGUUCUUGACAGCUGUGUCAGAGCAGAUGCUGCUCAAUGCUACUGUCCUGCUGGCAUGCAAGCUGGUGUCUGCAGAGCUGCCUUUAGCUCCUACGUCAGGUGGUGAGGAGUCUGAGCCUUCUGUCAUAGCACUUCUGGAGCAGCUGGGGGAACUUUGGGAGCGUGACAACAUUUGCUGUGCCCCCCUCCACCUUCUCUUCAGCCCGCUAACCAUCACUGCCGUGCUCAAGGCUGGAGACAAUGAACGGAAUAACUACAUGCAUCUGGUGAGGAGGCUGGUGGAUGGAGGCCUCUUGUCCGAAGAGGAACUCGUAUCUCACUGGACUAAACUGACAAAGCAGACUGUGCCGGAUGAGCUGAUGGAGAAGUUUGGACACAACAACAUUUCUUCACUUCACAGUCAAAUGGAGCUGCUGCAGCUUUCUAAACGGACUGUAGAGGGCGCCACAUGA